AUGGCCACCAGACUUAGAUUAUUAGUGUGAGCACUAUGAGGUAGUGUGACUUUUGUGGCUGCCCCUCACUAUGCACCAUGGGAGUCAUGCUCAGAGCUGCUCCCCUGAUAAACACAAUGUCACAUGUUGCCUAGUGGACACCUCUUAACAUGCCAUGGGAUUAAAAGACUAAAUGAAAACUAGGAAACCUUCUUACUUCAGCAGCAUUUGAAGGAGAGUCAACACCUCUGGCAGCAACGGUGGACUUCCUUACCCACAUGCCUCAGAGAGGAUGUUUCUUUUGACAGGAAGUAAAGCAACAAAUGGAAGAAGCGAGCACAGAUCCAUCUACCAGAAGUUCCGUGAGUAUGAGGUGCUGGACAAGAGGAAGACGGUGACAGCUCUGAGAGCAGGAGAGGACAGAGCCAUACUGCUGGGCCUCAGCAUGGUCUUCUUCUCUGUCAUGACGUACUUUGUCCUGGGAAUCACCAUACUGCGCUCUUACUCGGACAGUGUGUGGACUAAUGAGGUCAGCUGCACCAUCGUGAACUCCACCAUCAUGUGGGAUGUAAACUGUUCGUACAGCUGUGGGUCGGAGUGCUGGAAGAACUCCCGUUACCCCUGUCUCCAGGUCUACGUCAGCCUCAACUCCUCAGGAAAGGUGAUGCGACUGCUGCACAACGAGGAGACUGAGGACAACAACCCUGAGUGCUUCUACAUCCCAAAGUGUCGUAAAGACUAUGCAGCCACACAUGCCAUAGUUCAGAACAUUUCUGGGCGUCUCAGACCUCAGCACUCAGUUCAGUGUUUCACGGACCCUGCGGAGAGGAUGGACUGUGCCAUUUUGACUCAGAUUUACGGUCGGGUCGCCGUCUUCCACUCCCUGUUCUGGCCAACCUGCACACUGAUUGGAGGAGCCAUUAUCGUUGCCAUGGUGAAGUUCACUCAGUACCUAUCCAUCAUGUGUGAGCGACUGGGCCGCAUCAAGACGUGACGGAGAGAAAGGCGGCCGGUUCAGAUGGAAGUUCCUGUAAUACGGACAUCCGACAUAAGUGGAAUGCUGGGAUUUACACAGUGACAAUCUCAAAGUUUUCAGAAAGAGGAGCACGUGUUUUUGAGACAGUUGAAAGCCACAUUUAAAGAUAAACUGAUGCCUCUGCUGGUGGUUGAAGUGUAGUAACAAUCUUUGAAAUGAUGAUUUGCAACUUGUUUGUGGAUGAGUCUUUUUUAGUAAAAUCUAUGCAAAUGUGAUAUAACAUGUUUACAUAUCUGUUCUGCAUCUGCUGUUAAACAUUUUGGGAAGUAUGAACUUUCUCUGCCAUUUACUGUCCAAUAAAUAUGAAGCUACAGCUAGCAACUAGUUAGCUUAGCAUAGCUUAACUAUAUGAAACAGCUGGCUUCCAUUGUAGUUUUGGGUCCCUUUAUGAGAGUUGUACAAGGUGUUUGAAAAAUUGUGUCAAAGUUGUCUGGUACCAAUGAUAAAGUGUUUCUAAGAUGUCUGCUGUCCUAAAGAAAAUGGUUACUAAGAUCGAGUUGAACUAGGAAUCAGAACGCUCAGCAAAAUAGUAAUGUGUAACUAUACUUCUGAAAAUGUCCAACUUGUAAUGACAGAUCUUCGUAUCUUGACACCAAAAGUGCAUUUAAGCCAUUUGGGCCCACAUGAACCAAGCAUGGAUUCAAUGCUUAAUUUGCUUUUGACCUCUGCUGUCCUGGAAACAUCCCAUCAGAAUUAAAGCUGCAGUGCAGGCAGAGUUCAAGCUCAUCCAAUGGGCUAUGAUCAAAUAGCUGAGCCAGCUGUCAUUUCCAGCUCAGAAGAUUGAUCGAUGAAAGAAUGUGUGCUGUAAGUUCAUCAUUAACAUAGUAUCUAGAAAAAUCAUUGGUGCAACCUGAUAGCUUAAUGAUUUGGACGCACACCACAAAUCCCCAAAAAUCCCCUGGGUAGUGGUCUAUGGUUCAAUUCCUUUUUCCCUGCCCCUCCUGUCCAUGUGCACUAACCAUAUCAAAUAAGAGCACAGAAUGUAGUACAUGAGUUGACACUGAAUUGGUCAAUACACAUUAAACAGCACUAUGAAAACAUUUACCUUGCCAUUUGUUUAUUUUUAUCAUUGGAUGAUUAAAUCUUCAAGUCCCUACAAAAAUGUAUGAGUUCCAAACAGAUUAUUGUGGAGGGUUGUUAAAUAAGAUGUUUUCUUUCUUUGAUAAAAUAAUAGCGGAGGGUUUUUGCUGAGCACUGCGCAACAUUACACCGAUGACCUUUGUUUUUUUCAAAGCUCUUUCCAUACUGUCGGAAA